GCGCUAGUGAGUGAGAAAGGCGGGGCCGUGGGGGUAGGGGGAGGAAAGGCAGGCGGAAUUCCCAGAACAGCUCGGAGCUACCCGAAAAAGCCAUGGUGCUAGGACGGUUAGGAGCGUUUAGGAAGAACCGGAGAGGAUCAGCCCUGUGAAGCCAGAGGAGAUGAAUUGGUCUGAGCUAUACCCAGAGUUCUUCACUCCACUGACUCAGAAUCAGAGCCAUGAUGACCCAAAGGAUGAGAAAGAAAAGAGAGCUCAGGCCCAAGUCGAGUUUGCAGAUAUAGGCUGUGGCUAUGGUGGCCUGUUAGUGGAACUGUCACCACUGUUCCCAGACACGCUGAUCCUGGGUCUGGAGAUCCGGGUGAAAGUCUCAGACUAUGUACAAGACCGGAUUCGGGCCCUAAGAGCAGCUCCUGGAGGUGGUUUCCAGAACAUCGCCUGUCUCCGUAGCAAUGCCAUGAAACACCUUCCUAACUUCUUCUACAAGGGCCAGCUGACAAAGAUGUUCUUCCUCUUCCCUGACCCACAUUUCAAGCGGACGAAGCACAAAUGGCGAAUCAUCAGUCCCACACUGCUAGCAGAAUAUGCCUACGUGCUGAGAAUUGGAGGGCUGGUAUAUACCAUAACUGAUGUCCUGGAGCUACAUGACUGGAUUUGCACCCAUUUUGAAGGGCACCCCCUGUUUGAGCGUGUGCCUCUGGAGGAGCUGAGUGACGACCCCAUUGUGGGACAUCUGGGCACCUCAACUGAGGAGGGAAAGAAAGUUCUACGCAAUGGAGGAAAGAAUUUUCCAGCCAUUUUCCGAAGAAUACAGGAUCUCACCCUCCAGGCAGUGACCCCCAAUCCCAUCCCUUCUGGCAACUGACUGCUUACCUUGCCUUAUGUGGACCCUUGGAUCUUCCAGGGACUGGAAAGAAGGUCAGGCCCCUGGACCUUCCCAGCUGAGAGUCCUGGGGUCGAGAGGCAACAGUCUCUUGAAGAAGUUGGAGAUCUGUUCAGGGCAGAACCCUGGUGUUCACAGCUACCCCUGACUCCUCUCAACUUCUUGGCCCUCUGCUACCAACUGAUAGCAAAAGAAGCUGACUGGGAAGGUCAAAAGACCUUGAACCAGAAAGGAUGUUUGGAAGGCUGUGGGGUCUUGCUCUCCCUCCACUGGCUGUCUAAACUGCCUGCUAGACUCAAAUCACCUAUGUGCUUGUGUUUGCUUUACUGCCGUGGGGAUAACAUGUAUGCAUACACACGUG